AUGCCGUCGUACGUGUCUCACAUCGCACUUGAGCAGCCACAUAAGUCGCUCGUUUCAAGCACUCGCAGUAAUAACCAGGUUCUGCAGCCCAACGGCAAGCUGGCACCGCGGAUCCUGAAGGGCCAGGCGUCCGUCGAGGCCACGCUGGGCGAGGACGCCGAGAUGCCGUGCCUCGCCCGCGGUCACCCGGCGCCCACCACCCGCUGGUUUCGGCGCUCACCACGUGGCACACUGAUGCCCGUGCGGUCGGGCUCGCUGCAUCUUCCGGGUGCACUGCUCCUCCGCGCUGUCAGGGAGUCGGACCAGGGUCGCUACACUUGCUUGGCCAACAACAGCGUUGGUGAAGACCGCACUGACACCGAGCUGCUCGUCAGACCGAACGCUAGCGUCGUGGUGCUGCCCGAGGAGGCCAGGGUUGACCUGGGCAGAGCGGUGACGUUCAACUGCUCAGCUCGCGGCUUCCGCGGAGCGGUCGCCUCCACCUGGUGGGUGCACGACGGCGCGCCCCUCAAGGCCAGCCCUCCGCGCGUGGCGCUGCGCUCGGACGACCAGCGGCUGCACAUAGCCAGCGUUCAGCGGGAGGACGCAGGCAUCUACCAGUGCUUCGUGCGCUACGGUGACGCCACGGCUCAGGCUAGCGCCCAGCUCAGGCUUCGCGAGGUCCACUCAAAGCGGAGCGUGCAAAACCGUGUCAGCCGGCGCUGGAAUGGCCAGAACAGCUACCUCAAGUCGAGAAAAGAGACGCCUCCCGAGCUGAAGGCCGUGUUCACGCACAAGCUGGUCGAUCCGGGCGAGCGAUUCUCACUCCGCUGCGUGGCCUCGGGCAAUCCGCUGCCGCGGGUCACGUGGGCACUGGACGGCGGCAUGGUGGGAGAGAGCCACCGAGUGCACUACGGCGACUUCGUGAGCUCAGCGGGCGACGUCAUCAGCUACGUGAACGUGACGUCGGCGACGCGCGACGACGGGGGCCUCUACCGGUGCGAGGCCUCGAACGACCUGGGCACCGCGUGGCACGACGACCGCAUCGACGUCCGGGGUCCGCCGCGAGUGCGGCCCAUGGCCAACCUCACCGUGACCUCCGGCACCACGCUGGUGUACCACUGCCCUUACACGGGGCACCCGGCGCCCAAGGUCACGUGGAGUCGAGGUGGGCGGGAUCUUCCACACAACGAGAGACAGCGUGCCUUCGAAAACGGCACCAUUGUCAUCACCGACGUCACGCGUGAGUCUGACGAAGGCGUCUACACGUGCCGGGCUACGACCUCUAAGCAGGAAGACAGCAAAGAUCUUAAUGUCAAGAUUAUCAAAAAGACGGUUCUCAACCCGUUCAACUUCCCCAAGACGCUGGCCGAAGGGAUGCAGGUUGUGAUAACCUGCUCGGUGCGCUCUGGCGACACGCCCAUCAAGAUCUGGUGGCUCAAGGACGGCGUGCCCUUCAGCAAGACGCAGCUGAACAUCCAGGAGGCGUCGCUGGGGGACCUCGGCUCGAACCUGGUCUUCAAUGAGGUGGGCCGCGCGCACAACGGACGCUACACCUGCGUCGCGGAGAACGACGGCGGAAUCACGAACCACACGGCCGAGCUGGUCGUUUUCGUACCGCCAAAAUGGAAGAUUGAACCAAGCGACAAGUCCAGCAUCGUCAGAUCGAGGGUUACUUUUGACUGCCAAGCGGACGGCCAUCCACCACCACUCAUCCGAUGGAAGAUAGCCCUCGGAGACGAUGCGGGCAAGGCGUUUAAAUCCAUAAUCAGCAAUUACCAUAUGCAGAUGUUCGAAAAUGGUUCGCUCAUAAUCAACGACGUCGAGCCCAAGGACGCCGGGCAGUACCUCUGCGAGGCAACGAACGGAAUCGGGGUCGGUCUCAGCACCGUCGUUCGUCUCUCGGUUCACGUGGCCGCACAUUUCAAAGUAAGCUACCAGGCCCUUCGUGUCAACAAGGGUGAACAAGCUAGGCUUAUAUGUGAAGCUUACGGAGAAAAACCGCUCACGAUAACGUGGAAGAAAGACAACAUGAUCCUGGAUCAUCGCUACAUUUCAAGUUUCACCCAGGAUGACACACCAACUCCGGAUGGUCUGACUUCAUCACUUCUCUUUGCUGCCACCGAAAGAAGUGACUCUGGCUUGUAUACCUGCCUUACCACAAACAAGUUCGGAAAGGAUGAAACCAACAUCAAAUUACUCGUACAAGAGACACCCGACCCACCUGAUGACAUUCGAGUCGCGGAAGCUACCAGCCGACGCAUCUCACUGCGCUGGAACACGCCUUUCAAUGGGAACAGUGACAUACUCGGCUACUUCGUUCAGUGGAAGGAAGUUUCCGGUUCCUGGCAGAAGGAUUCUCGACAUAUAGAGGUACCUGGUUCUAACACGUCAGCUGUGUUGGAUGACUUGGAGCCCAUCACUGCCUACCACCUACGCGUUCUCUCUGUGAACAAGUUCGGAAGGAGUGAACCCAGUCCCAUGAUUUCUGUUACUACGGACGAAGAAGUGCCUUCAAAACCACCCGAGGACUUGGUUGUUGUGCCAGUGACUUCACAAACCCUGAAGGCUUCGUGGAAGCCCCCUCCGAACUUUUCGGCUCAUGGACGGAUCCGAGGCUAUUACGUCGGCUACAAGCCAGUCGGAUCGGGCGAGUCCUUUGUCUACAAGACCAUUGACGUUUUGGACGGCUUCGUGCCUGAAAUCAGUAUCAACAACCUGAAGCGCUCUACCAAAUACAGCGUCAUUGUGCAGGCGUUCAACGGGAAAGGCGCAGGGCCACCGUCCACAGAAAUCACUGCUCAAACUUUUGAACAUGAUCCUCCCCUUCCGCCUGUGAUCCAUGUUGUGUCAACCUCGGCGAGCGCCGUCACCGUGUCGUGGGAUCUGUCGGCGAAAGAAGCGAAGCCCAUUACAGGGUUCGUGCUCUACUGGAAGUCGGAGACGGGCGACUGGAGCGAACAGGGAGUGGACGGAGCGGCCACGUCGCACACAUUUCAAGACCUCAACUGUGGCACACGCUAUCAUUUCUACGCAGUGGCCUUCAACGAUGUGGGACGCAGUGAGCCCAGCUCCAGCGUCAGUGCCACAACGUCUGGAGGAGCUCCCUUGGCGCCGGAGAAAAGCGAGCUGCUCUCCAGCAACUCCAGCGCAGUGCAGCUGAACCUGCGCUCUUGGAAGGACGGCGGCUGCCCGAUCCGCUUCUUCACGCUGCAGUACAAGCUGCGCGGAGAGCGGGAGUGGACUCCCGUGCCGGAGACCAUCGAUGCGGUUGCCUCCGAUACCUACGUGCUCGGAGGCUUCCACCCGGGAGCGUGGUACCACCUGCUCAUGUCCGCCUCAAAUGACGCCGGCUCCACCGAGGCGCAGUUCGUCUUCUCCACGCUCACUGCCGGAGGAGCCACUAUACCCCCGAUGACUCUGCACCCCGAAGAGAGCACGGCCUUUCCUCGGAGCGUGACCCUCGUGGUGCCCAUCAUUUGUGCCUUCAUUGUAGCCCUGGUCAUCGGUGCCGUGGUCUACAUGAUAUGCAACCGCCGAACCAGAACCCAUGAUUACAGUGCCACGGCUCAAGUUUCUGAGCGUGCGUGUGGCGGUGACAUGAAGGGUGACUCCAUCUCAAUGACGUCCGUCGGCAAGAAAGUGUACGAGGCACCCCGCGGUGAUCCUCUCUACUUUCCCUCGCCCUACGCCACCACGCACAUUUCUGUGUACUCCGGUGACGCGGACUCGCCAUCGGGUGGUGCGCACCGAGGCCACCCGAACGCGGCGAUGGGUGGCGGCGGUGGUGGCGGAGGCGUUACUGGCGACUGCGGUCCACUCACCGGUCGACCUGAACACACCUAUGACGUGCCAUUCCCACCAAAACAGUUUCCUGCGCAGAUGCCACGAGAGUUUGAUGAUGGAGAUCCACAUUACACAUCCAUCUUCAGGACCAACCAGAACGGUACGACGGAUGGUGAAGGGCACUGGGACGAGCUCCUCCUAGAACGAGCAUCGUACAACGCAACCGAAGCAAGGUAUGAUCGGCUACCCAGGCAGCAUUUCAGCUUGUAUGGACAAAAGGCCGAGCAGAAACCUACAGAGAGGAUCUCUGACGAGGACAGCAACCUGGAUGAAGGGGAGAACCGGCCGUUUGAAGGCAACACUGCCACGUCGGAGAACUUAGAAAUGUCUGAAGCCGAAUGCGACCGAGACUUUCAGAUAUAUUCUAAAAAGGGUCGAAACCUCUCGCUCGUGCAGUAUGGAAAGACGAGACCCGCGCACGCCGUGUCCUACGUGACGUACCACUGAGACCUCGAGCUGAAGUGAGCGCGCAUAUGGAUGAGAGAUCAUCGGUCGUUGCCCGAGUGUCGCCCGGAUUCCAGCGUCUUAAAACUGCACCCAGGAGAAAUCCCCCAGACGGAUGCUUCAGCUCAAGCAGAUGGACGUGCUAGUGCACGCGACUUGAACGUCGUAUUGCAUACAAUGUGCUCACUCGUGAACAACUACUGUGAUACGUGAGUGCAAGUGGUCGAGCGGUUCGCACCAGAGCCAUCGACGGGUCCUGUGUCCGCGGCCAGUGAAAAAAAAAAGAACAAUGAAGAAGAGAAUCAAAAAAGUACUUUUGUGAAGUUUGUGAACGUUGUUGAGACGCCGCGUUUAACCGAUUCCACUCAGCGGACGUGUGUUUUUAUCGUAUUUCGCUGUUCGAAACGACCCUUACGGAGUGAGCGAGGAACACUACAGCGCCGCCUGGAGCUUUGCGCUUGCUUGCCAGCGUUGGGUCAUCUGUUGUGCUUCCAUAAAGACGACGUGACAGCGCGCCCCCUUGUAAAAACAAGACACAAGAAACAAAAAACCGGUAACUCAAGCACAAGGUGCUGAGCUUGUUCACAGUUUGUUGUUGGACGUUUCAACGUUUGUAAAACUUACCAGAAGCACAUGAACGAUUAUGUAGAAAAAGAUCGUGUGUCUCACGUAAAGUGAUGUGUUGGACUGCAAGUCAGAGAUGGCAUUUCCGUACAUUUUAUGCGCAGAACAUAUAGAAGCGAGAGGAAUUUCCGCUCCCCGCACAUCUUCCGCGUUAAAAUAUAUCAUGUGUUAGGGCUAUCGAAACUGGAAAGAUCUCUGUGAAAUUUCUUUCACCAACUGUUCUGCUCAAAUAGCACGUUAUUUUUGUGCGAUCAUUAUUUGUAGUCUUGUGUCACCCAGAGGGAAGCCUGUUCUUUAUUACAAAAUGUUGAUGCCGCACUUGGUGGUUAGCGCUGUCAGCAAGCUGUUUCUAUCCUUGAAAACUGCCAAUCAUUAGAGACUCAUCGCUGACCAUCAGUGUCAACAGCCCCAAAAAUUCUACCCUGCCGUUAUACACAUGCAAUGUACCAGCGCAAAGAAAUUGGUGAUCGAAACCCUAAGGACGCGCUCACAAUGACUUGUGCCAGCACACAUUAACAGCCUAAAACAUUGUGCGCUUUGUUCACGAGUGUUAACGUAUUUAUGAUGUUGUCUUGCCAUUUGUUACGUUUGUUGACAUCGUACGCAGAGGCAGCAUUUACAGUAAAGUGAUUCGGAAAGUUCCUUUUGCAGAAGAGUGUUGUCCUUGCGUAUUCAGCAACCCGGAAACGUGAACUCCCAACGUUAUAGCAUUGUGCAACACUGUAAUUUUGUCUCUAGUUUGCAGAUAAAAAAGAGGUCAUGGCUCUUGUUGAGCUUUCUGAUAAGGCCAGGUACCCUAUUACCGCGAAAAUAAGCCUACGUAGGCCUAAACGACGUCUAAUUUUUGUUUAUUUCUAUCUUUGUCUAUCUCAUAAUGUUUCAGGGAGACGAGUUAAAAAAAGAAGUAAUUCAAAGUUGGAGCAUAAUUGAAAAUGUAUAUGCCUAUGAUGAAAAAUAUGCCGCCGAGAAACAUUAAAUCAGUGUGUGGUCGGGUUCUUACGUGUGUCAUAAAAUUUUAUAUACUACACAAUAGCAUUGCUUGGAAUCAAUUUAUCGAGAGUGAAUUAGGCAUCUAGCAAUUAA